UCGUGGUAUUUAUUUAGACUCAAUCUAGUCAAAGAAAGAGAUUAAGUGAAAUGUGUCUCUUUCUUCUGAUUAUUAAAUAAAAAUUGUGAAUAUAAAGCAAUUGCAUUGGCUGUGAAAACUUUAAUUUGUGUAUUCAAAUUGGGAAGAGAAAAACAAAAUGAAUAAAAAGUUAGCAUUUCGUUUUGCCACAUUAUCGGGACUGGCGAUAGGCAGUUUUAUCGGUGGAAUUGCAUAUGAACGUAAACGUUGCAUCACACUUCUUGAUCAAAGUACCAAUCCAUAUUUGGUUCAUGCGUGCAAAGAUAUUAAAACGCUAACGGCUAUGCCAGCAUUACCAAUAUUUGGAACAGUCUCGGCAGCCACCCCAUUUGUUCCCGAUGUGCCGCAGCCAUCGAAAUUGGUGGCCGAACCAAAUCGUGUUAGUGAAAUUAUGAAAUACGGAUUUCCUGGCAUGGAUAAUAUUCGCUCUUAUUCCGAUUAUGUACUUUCAUAUGAUCGACGAAAUCGUGUUGCACACUGGGUAUUUGAACAUUUAACUGCGGAAGGUGUUAAAUCAAGUCCAAAUGUUGAUCGGAGUAAAUGCGAUUUUAAGCCCGACGAAUCAAUUCAUCCAUUCUUUCGCAGUUUAAACACCGACUAUAAAGGAUCAGGUUUUGAUCGUGGCCAUUUGGCAGCCGCUGGCAAUCAUAAAUCACAUCAACAACAUUGCGAACAAACAUUCUAUCUUACAAAUAUGGCACCACAAGUUGGCAGUGGUUUCAAUCGAGACUCAUGGAAUCGCCUUGAAAAAUACGUUCGCAAAUUGACAAAAACCUAUUCAAAUGUUUAUGUAUGCACUGGACCAUUGUAUUUACCAAAAAAAGAAGCCGACGGCAAGGUGUACGUUAAAUAUCAAGUAAUUGGAAAUAAUUCGGUUGCAGUACCAACACAUUUCUAUAAAGUUAUUGUUGGCGAAACGGCCGACGGAAAACUUGAAUUAGAAUCAUAUGUGAUGCCAAAUCAAGUUAUCGAUGACAAAACACCAUUGGCAGUUUUUCAGGUUCCACCCGAAUCAGUUGAACGGUCAGCUGGACUUUUAUUCUUUGACAAAAUUUCUCGAAAGCAAUUGCAAAAAAUCAACGGCAAAAAAGUGUAGACUAGUUCUUAUUGACGUAGUACAAAUCGUAUGAAUUUAUUUAAAUGAAUUGUAUAAAAAUUUUUUGUAAUAAAAACCGACUUUGUUUUUGGUCAUUUGUAAAUGUUCA